AUGGGCGCAACUAGGGUCCGGCCUCAGAGGUCAAAGGCGGCUGUUCGGGAGUUCGACGAGCUGCGUAUUUCAACGGGUGUGACGGAGGACCAGGGACCGGGGGAGGGCUGGAGAAAAGAGAUGUGGGAAAAGAAGAGGUUCAAGAAAGAAGAGGGAGGGAAGAAGAAGAAGAAGGGAAAGCUACCAGCAUGGCGGAGACGGGGCAGGAAGCCGUUAUUAAGUCGAGGCCACGAGCUGCUGGCUGGUCAGCGGGAGAAACGGACAUGCGAAUGGACUGGACUGCGACCAGACGAUCAGUGA